AUGUCCGUGCAGGCAGCAGCCCGCGAGGUGGUCAGCACCGACAAGGCGCCCGGUGCUGUGGGCCCCUACUCUCAGGCCAUCAAGGCCAACGGCAUGGUCUACAUCUCGGGCCAAGUGGGCCUGGUGCCCGGCACCAAGGACUUUGCCGGGGACAGCGUGGAGGCGCAGGCGGAGCAGGUGAUGUCCAACCUGGGGGCCAUCCUGGCGGCGGCGGGCAGCGAGUGGGGCAAGGUGGUGAAGACCACCAUCCUGCUGGUGGACAUGGCAGACUUUGCCACGGUGAACGCGGUGUACGGCAAGUACUUCCCGGAGAACCCUCCCGCACGCGCCACCUUUGCUGUCAAGGGCCUGCCCCUGGGAGCGCUGGUUGAGAUUGAGGCCACCGCCCUGCUGUGA